AUGGCUGGUUUUUAUUCCUCUCCUCGUUUGUGGAGUGGAGAGCGCUUCCCCUCCUCGCCCUCUUCCUCGUCUCUUUUCUUCUCGCCCUCUUCCUCGUCUCUUUUCUUCUCCUCUCAAUUCCUUGUUCUCUCUCUUGGCUGCUGCUGUUGCUGUUCCUCCUCCUCGUCCUCUUGUUUCGCGAUCGAAGACGCCGGAAUCUGACGCGCGCGGUGGAGGGGAAUGGGGGGUGCGGCGGGGAUUUGGUGAUGGGUGGUGGUGGAUGGAGUACGAGGGAACCAGAGUCCAGAUGCACGGCGCCAGGCCGCCGCCGGCCGUGACGGAGGGAUCUUCCUCGCUCGACGAAGGUCAGGGCUAGGGUUUCUUGCGUUCCUUCCGUCCACUGUAGUAAUGAGGCAAUGUGGCAAAUGAAUUUGAGAGGGAGUGAGUCAAUGGAAUCUGGACCCUAUCCCGAGAGGCCAGGAGAGCCAGACUGUGCUUAUUACAUCAGGACUGGCCUCUGUAGAUUUGGAAUGACUUGUAAAUUUAACCACCCACCCAAUAGAAAGCUGGCUAUUGCUGCUGCAAGAAUUAAGGGGGGUUAUCCCGAAAGAGUAGGGCAACCAGAGUGUCAGUAUUACUUGAAGACUGGUACAUGCAAAUUUGGAGCUACAUGCAAAUUUCACCACCCCAAAGAUAAAGCUGGAAUUGCUGGGCGAGUUCAAUUAAACAUUUUAGGCUAUCCCCUUCGGCCGAAUGAGAAGGAAUGUGCUUAUUAUCUAAGAACUGGACAGUGUAAGUUUGGGAACACUUGUAAAUUUCACCAUCCACAACCAUCUAAUGCGAUGGUUGAUUUACGUGGCUCUCCUGUUUAUCCUCCUGUACAUUCUCCCACAACCCCUGGGCAGCAAUCUUAUCCUGGGGGAUUGACAAACUGGUCCUUGUCAAGAACUUCUUUCAUUCCAAGCCCUCGAUGGCAAGAUCCUUCAAGUUAUGCUCAAUUGAUUCUUCCUCAGGGGUUGGUUCAAGUUCCUGGGUGGAAUCCAUAUCCUGGGCAGAUGGGGUCUUCAUCUCCAGACAGCCAACAACAAACACCAGGUGCUGGUCAGUAUUACGGUACAUCACGCCAAAGUGAAACAGGUGCAGGAGCUCAAGGAACAUUUUCUUCCUACCGACCAGGCUCCAUCCCUAUGGGUGUUUAUGCCUUGCAGAGGGAGAACAUAUUCCCUGAGAGGCCUGACCAACCAGAAUGCCAGUUCUAUAUGAAGACCGGAGAUUGUAAGUUUGGUGCAGUUUGUAAGUUUCAUCAUCCCAGGGAGAGAUUGGUUCCUGUUCCAAAUUGUUCAUUGAGUCCAUUGGGCCUUCCUCUGCGUCCAGGGGAACCCUUGUGCGUCUUUUAUGCUCGAUAUGGUAUCUGCAAAUUUGGUCCUAAUUGUAAAUUUGACCAUCCCAUGGGAACUUUCACGUAUGGUAUUUCAACAUCCUCUACAGCUGAUGCCCCGAGGCGUCUAAUAGGAUCAUCAUCAGGACCUCCUGCAUUAACCUCAUCAUCGGAAGGGCCUGCUGAUGCUGGCAUUUCGUCCAGAGACUCCAGACGACUUUCACUGUCAGAAUCUCGGCAGAUAGGUUCUGGUGAUGAAACUAUGGAGGCAGAGGCAUCUCAUACCAGUUCAAGUAUGGGGCAAGUUUCUUCUUUUUCUUAGUCUACAGGAUUAUGACAAUUUCUCUGUAAAAUGAGUUCCAGUGCUGGAGAUGUACAUUCUUUCCACGAAGAGCUGGGUUUCUCACUUGCCGGCAAAUUCAAGGCUUUCUCAAUUUCCUAAAUUUCCAACGCUUCACCUUUUAAAUCUGCAUCAUAUCAUUUUCAGUAAAAAAUAGGAAAUGUCUCCUUGGCAUUGCAAGCCCAUGUGCCUUUUAGCAGGGAGUCUCUUUCCUUGUUUGUCCUUCGUGUAGAAUACUUGCUCCAAUUGUACCAAUUCCCCUCUCCAUCCCCUUCCCAGUAAUGGCUUCCUGUAAUAUUUUGGUCUAAAUGCUUCUUGUCUUUCUUUGCUUGUAUCUUCUUGUGAUCAUCUGUUAAUCAUGUCGGUAGCUAUUCCUAGGUACAAUUGAUCGUGUCAAGCUUUGUUUCUCCAAUAUCUGUAGGGGUGUAGGAAAUUUUUCCUUAUUUCCUAGCCCACACUCUCUCUCUCAUAUUGUAGAUUGUGCUCUGCUGCAAAAUUUCACAUGGGCAGUUCAACAUGUUAAAUUUAUAUGGUAAAGACAGCGGAAAGACUGAAGGAUCUGACUUGUACCUGAGUAAUGGAACCAAAGACUGAGUCUGCUGAUUAUCAAAGGAGACAUACUUUAUCUUAUUUAAAGAACAUCUUCAAUGUUUCGGUGCUUCCCCGGAUGAUCUUUGAAAAUACUUGUGCUGUUGCCUCUAGGCUUGCUUGUUGUUACAUGACAAGAGAUAGAAACUCUAGUUUUCAGUCCUUCCAACAGGUUAUUUGAAAUUUUGCAGAAUCAGUCGUAAGACUGAUAGAAAUUUCUAUUGCUAGCGGAAACAUUCAUUUGCAACUUUUUUAUUCAGGAAGCCAUUGUAAGAGUCAACACCAACAUGAGAUACUUUUGGUACUCAUUGCUGUUUGAUGAAUAAAGUGUAUCUGAUUAAUAUUGGUUGUGAUGUGAUUAUUUUUAUUA